AUGGAAAAUAUCUAUGAAAUGUUCGAUUCAUCGACAUUAGAAAAAUUGUAUCAACAAUAUUGUCAACAACCACAACAACAACGACAACAACAAAAUAACUCUUGCCAUUGUGAACUGUCAGCUUCAUUUGAUUUACAAUGUAAUAUAAAUCAUGAUUUCAAAUUAAUGGCCAUAGACGAACAUGAUCUUCUGGUCGAGAUCGAUGAUUAUUCAGAGAUCAUAGUGGACAAGACGAAAAGCGAUGAUAAAAACUUAGAAAAACAAGGAAUAGAAAAAUGGAAAGAAUUAAUUCGAAGUUAUUACGAUCAUACCAAACAAUUGGAACAAUUACCAAAGAAAUAA